AUGCUGCUGUUGAUCACCGCAGUGCAUCCUCGGCUGGCAUGAAGGAGGAAGACAUGGAAGUUGGGGAGUAAGCACAUGUCCAUUACAGCCGAGGCCGAGAGAAGCGGAAAAAAUACGUGAAUGCUCCAGGCGACGAGAAGAUGAAUGCAAGAUAUUUUCCUUCGCGUUCACGUGGCUUGCGCUUCCUUGACUGGCGUCCUGGUUCUCUGUCUUGUUAUUCCUCGUCUUGGAUCUACGGUGACUCUCGCUAUUGAUUAUCGUUCAGUCGAAUCUCAAAUCUCAAAUCUCUUUCUAUCAUCUAAUGCAAAUCAUCGAAUCGGAUUACCCCACACUCCAAUCAUAUGUUUUCAUCUCAUGCUCAUCUCGCUGUCUGCAACUGUUGUUUUCGUGCUCUUUUCUUUCUUUUUUCUUUCUUUUGCGUCCAUGCGGUUCAUCGUCGUUCAUCAUUUCGUGCUAUCUGUAUCAAUCCAACUAGUAUGUCUCGAGUCGAUCAGUCCGCAUUGAGUCAACAAGUCUGUGCUUUGUCGACGUCGCGCAUCACGCACGCCCUAAUCUCCCACUCACUGUAUUACCAAUUGUAGUUCGUGUGAUGAGGGU